AUGCCUGACUUUGGUCAAUGUAGUGAGCCGACAUGCAAUCAAACGGCUGUCCGUUUAUUCGAUUGUGCACAUCACUGUAUGAAAAUGGUUUGUCUGCAACAUUUGAUUGAACAUGAUCGUUUAUUUGAGCGCAAUAAAAAACACUUAGAAGGUCAUCAAUUAGAACUUAAACGACUUUAUUCCAUUUAUUCAUCAUUAGUUGAUGAAAAUAAAAUUCGUUAUGAAUAUGAACAAAAAUUAGAUGAUUAUAAAAGAUUAGUUAUUGAAGUUAAUACUUUAUUGGAUCAUAAUUAUAAUGAUGUUGAACAAUUUCGAUCAACUAUUGAAAAAUUAAAAAAAAUGAUCCAUGAAAAACAAAAACAAUCGGAUGAAUCAUUAACUAUCGUUAAAGUUGAACCAAUUGAAGAAAAUGCAGAAUUAACAAUGAAUUCACAAAAAGAUGAAUCAUUAUAUAUAGGUUUUGAUCGAUUACAAAAUUUAAUUAUAGAUACUGAUUAUCAUAAACGAAAAAGUAAUGAAAAUAAAAUCACAAACGAUGAAUCAGAAAAUGAACCAAUUAUUGCUAAUAAUGAUGAUAAUGAUCAUGAUAUCAUUCCAACUGUACCAAGUCCUCGAAUUGCUGGCGCAUGUCCAUUAUGGGUGAAUGGUGCUUAUGGUCUUAAUAAAAAAUAUCAUUCUAUUCGUUUAUGUCGAAGAAAAGAUUACACAGAUUUAAGUAAUCAUAUACGUCAAUAUCAUGGUUUAUUAACACCAUUUGCUAAUAUUAUUUCACGAGCUGUUGAUGCAAAUAUACCAGCUACAAUAUGUUUAAUUAAAGAUAAUGUCCAAGUUGCUGAUCCAUAUCGAAGUUUUCUUUGUCCAUUUCGUGCUGAAUGUUCAAAUCAAUAUUGGUUGCCAGUUGCAGCACUUAAAAAUCAUCUUAUUGAUGUUCAUCAUAUGGAUUCACCAAUGGCAGAAAUGAAAAUAAGAAAAAUUAAAAAAUUAAAUAAAAAUAAACCAAUGCCAAAACUUGGAAAUAAAAUACGUGAAAUUGUUAAAUAUAUUGAUUCAGUAACUGAAGAUCAAAGAAAACAUGUAUGGCGUAAGAAACGAAUGCGUCGAUUGAAACGUAAACGUCGUCGUAUGCGUGAACGCAGCAAAUAG